AGAGAGAGAGAGAAAAGGGGUGUGAAUGUAUACAGUACAACGCAUGAAGAAACAACUCUUGCAUUCUUACAUCUACCGGUAACAUAUGUCUGAGAUCAGAAUGCUCAAUUACACAAAAGCAGCUAACAACAGUGAAUUGUACAAAUGUCCAUUAGAGGAAAGUUUCAAGUACAUUCUUCUUCCGGUGAGCUACACUUUGGUGUUUGUGGUGGGUCUGGCGCUGAACAUCACCGCCAUAUAUUUCAUUCUGUUUCGAACCAGACGCUGGAAGCCCAACACCAUCUACAUGAUCAACCUCAAUGUUUGUGACACCCUUUACAUCCUCACUCUUCCCUUCCUCAUCUAUUACUACGCCGACGGGAACGACUGGCCGUUCGGAGAGCCGAUGUGUAAACUCAUCCGCUUUCUCUUCUACACGAACCUCUACGGAAGCGUUCUCUUCCUCAGCUGCAUCAGUCUGCAUCGCUUUCUGGGCGUCUGUCACCCGAUGCGCUCUUUGUCCUGGAUGAACGCUCGGCGUGCGCGAUUGAUCUCCGUGUGCAUAUGGGUGACCGUUCUUAUCUUCCAGUCGCCGGUCCUCUAUUUCUCCAGGGUGAGAGACAAUAGCGAUGAUGUGGUCUGUCAUGACACCACAAUCCAAGCGCUCUUUAAUGAUUUUCUGGUGUACAGUUCGGUGGUUAUGGUCCUGUUUUUCAUCCUACCGUUUGGGGUGGUGCUGGUCUGCAACGGCCUAAUGGUGAAGAAACUUCAAGAACCCGGAGUGGGCGAUGGACCAACAUCGCAGCGCUCCAGGCAGAAGUCGGUGAAGAUGAUCAUCAUCGUCCUUCUGGCGUUCGUGUUGUGUUUUCUUCCCUUCCACGUGAACCGCAGUAUAUACUACACCUUUCGAUACCUGGACAAGCAGGAAUACUGCGAUGGGUUGAACAAAUCUAACAUGGCCUACAAGAUCACGCGACCUCUGGUUAGUCUCAACAGCUGCAUCGACCCCAUCCUUUACUUCAUGGCGGGACAGGGCUUCAGAAACAGCUUGAACAGAAAGUCUAAAAAAAGGAGUGACAGUGUCAAAUCCCCCUCAACAUUACUCGGCACAACAAAUGACAUACAUAUGAAUUAUUUAGCAUGACAAGAUUCACAAUACACAGCAUGAAUUGUACACAUUCAUGCAUCUUUUAAGCUUGACGGUCACGUGUCUUCAUUAGUUUGCAUGGAACAAGAUUUCUGUAGAUUAGAAAAAACAUAUCUCUAUCCCAAAGCCUAACCACGAGCAUCUCUAAAAUCCUAUCCAAUAGCCCUAAACUGUUGUGAACGUAUUCCUCAAAUCUUUUUAGUUGAUUGUAAUGUUGUCCCAGCACCUCCCACCUGGAAAAACCAGGAAAGCCAGAGACACAAUUCAGAGUUCUAGAGAAAUGAGAUAUGCUGAAGGGGUUUUAUUAGUUCAAAGGUUUUUCCUCUCGUGGGCUGAGUUGUUGACUUCAGACAGGUUCUUUGCUCGAAUUCAUGUUUUGAUAGGAGGGAUUGAGGGGUAAUUUAUGGGUGCCUUCCCUAGAUGUACAAUAAAAGACCUCAGUGGGCCCCUUCCUUCACAUUCCUGCUUGUGUCCCCGACAACGGUCCUAACUCAAGGCGUAGACGAAGAUUUAUGAUAAUGAAUUGCAUGUGCAGUCAUGAUCAAACGUUUGUGUCUUGUUUUGUUACAAUAAGUUAUCCGAAAACAUUCAGCAGUCAUCAGUUUUAUCUGUUGAUCUUCAGUUUCGUCACUAGGCUUGUUGCUCACUUCAGCUGUCUUCCCUGGUAUUAUGUGCUGCACCAUGAAGUUAUUUUUUUCAGAAAGCAUCUAGUACGAAUUUAAAUGAAUGUAGUGUAUUGCUUUAUUUUACAACGAGCAACAAGCCUAGCAUUGUAACGAAACUGAAGAUCAACAUAUGAAACCAAUUUUUGGAUAACUUUAUUGUAACAAAACAAGACACAAACGAUGGCCUUACAUAUAAAACCAAAUGAUAGUAUGCAAUAAAUACUCCCCUUAAACAUACUCAAUGCUAGUUUUUGUGUGUCUCAUGAAGAGAAACUCACAUAGCCUACUGUAUGCUCGAGCACCCACAGCAUCGUCGCCUCGGGCUUCAGGUUACUGUCAGAAGGAACGUGAUUUAUUUCAAAAGGAGCUGAUCCUGUUUGAGCACAUCGCCACUGAGACAUUUUACUAUGUGUUAAAACAACCUAAAAUGCUUCCUGAUGAAAGCACUUACAUACUUGGAUGGAUGGAUGGAUUUUGGAUUCAAUUUAUUGUCAUUGCACAUGUACAAGUACAAGGCAACGAAAUGUGACCUCUGCAUUUAACCCAUCCAGAGAGUAGUGAACACACGUACCCCCGGAGCAGUGGGCAGCUAUCACUACAGCGCCCGGGGAGCAAGUAGGGGUAAGGUGCCUUGCUCAAGGGCACCUCAGUUGUUACCCGCCGGCCCUGGGAAUCGAACCGGCAACCUUCUGGUCAUGAGUCCGACUCUCUAACCAUUAGGCCACAACUGCCCCCUGCUUGUAUAGUUAUAUGCAAAUCAGGAUGCUGAAGUCAAACAAGGACAGAAAACGUCCAGAUGUAAAAAAAAGCAAUGUCAACAUGUCUGUCUUUCAUAUGUAACUAUGACGAUAUUCUGAACUUUCAAAGAAAUAUUUUGAAAGGACGCACGUGAAUGCUGUAUAAAAUUUCAUUUUACAUGAAAUGAACAUGUAAAUGUCAAUAACAAAACUGUGAUGCUAACCUUGAGUAGCCUUACAUGGCAUAUGACUGUAUAGAAUAAUAAUAAAUGAAGAAGUAAAUUUAUAAAUACACAAUGAAAGAAAUAAA